UGACAAGAAUCAUGAGCACUAAUUUCCCCAAGGCAAAAACGGACGGACGAACCAAGACGAUGACGAGACAGAGAAAAUAAGUAAAGGGCUCUUGGUCAGGGCACCUGCGGUGGAUAUAUCAGAUAUUGUAAGCUCGCUGUGCAUAGGGCGUAAUGUUUUCAGUUCUGACUUGGCGACUUGCGAACGCUAACACGUAUUGCUUGCUAGUCGUUCACUGUGAACACUGCGAAUACUGCCCCGGCGAACACUGCUCCAGCGAAUACAAAUCCCGCACCUGCAAAUCGGAUACAGACGAGGAGCGCAACGCGACGUGCUAUAAUAUAGGAUGCUACAAUUUGAGAAGCGUGGUGUGUCUCGUCAGAGCAUCACGGAUGAAGCUUGAUCUUUCUACCGUGUCUUGCUGUUUGCACUUCUUUCUUUCGACUUGAAUGCUUUGGUGCGGAUUCUUCGUUGCUGGAAAACAAACUCGAAAAUAAAUUAAAAACGGGUCUCUUUACUUAAUUUUACGUCUCAUCGUAUUUGAUUC